AUGAUGUUUAUAACGAUUAUAACCUCAAAACUGUUCAAAGAAAGCUAUGGCCUGCGUCACAUCUUCAAGAUCUACGGUUAUGAAAAUGGCGAACCUUCAACCAGCAGCCAAAACACACGUUUUGAAGUUUGUUCUAUGAACACGCCUUUCCCUAUAGAUAAUACAGAUUCAGAUAUUAUUGAGGAUUCCCUAGAUGAACCUAAACAUUCUACUGAUAAUAAAAAAGUGUAUAACAUCUUAAAGAAUGUGUCCUCUGGCCAAAAUUACAAAGACUUUUCUUCGGGUAGUGAUAAUGUUUUCGUUCCGGAAAGCCCUUUAAGCUCUAGCUCUAGCAGUAUAAGAGAACAAUCCGACAGAACAAGGCUAGAGGACCAUAUCCCUACUAGGAACCAACGCAAAAGUGAAGAUUUGGAAGAAAAUAAUAAGUCAAGAAAACGUAAGAUAUUCCCACCCAAAGAAAAUAAGUCAAAGAAACGCUCCCGAAAUGAACUGUCAUGGAAGAAAAAGUCUGCAGCUGUAGCUAGAGCAAAGGGAGAAGAAUAUAUGUCUUAUAAAGGAGUGAAAGUUCCGAAGAAAACCAUCCAGGAAGGGAUUUUAUGCCACGAGAAGUGCAGACUUAAAUGCUCUAGUAAGUUCUCACUGGAAGAUAGGCAAUCUAUUUUAAACAGCUAUUAUUCAUUAGAUUCUAAUAGUAAAAAUGCCUUAUUGUUCAGCAGCAUUAUAAGUAAACCUGUAGCAAGACAAUGCAAUAACGCUAGAAAUCAUAAAUCUGCUUCUUACAAGUAUUACGUAAAAAACAAGGAAGCAUUCAAAAAAUAUGCAAGUUAG